CUUCGAUACCACCAACAAGCUGGAAGAUGGGGGGUGGAAAGCGCCCGGCAUCGCCGACACAUGAGGAUUCCACCGACAGUGCGCCUUCAUCACCUCGGCAUCAAGCGCUCGCGCUUGCAAAGAAACCCAGGACGGAUGACAGCGAACCCUUCCCACGAACGUUGGAGAUUGUCCCUGUCGAUGCCAAAGUUGUGACGGUCACGUCUCGAACAGAUACGGCGCGCACGUCCGAUUUGCUCGCGCCAACUAUGCUUCUCACCGGACAUGGAGCUGCCGUGUAUUCGCUUGCAUUUAGCCCUUUGGGCAAGACGGCAGCAUCUGCAUCGUUUGACCGAUCCAUUUUCCUCUGGACCGUGUACGGAGAGUGCAAGAACUAUGCCGUGCUGUCUGGUCACAAGAAUGCCGUCCUGCAGGUGCAAUGGACGUACGAUGGUAGCUCGGUCGUGUCUGCUUCCGCCGACAAGACGGUCGGGUUGUGGGAUGCUGAAGCCGGCAAGCGCGUCAAGAAUUACCGAGGCCACUCGGCCAUCGUGAACAGCGUGUGUCCAGUGCCGAAGGGACCUCAAAUGCUUGCGUCGGGGUCGGACGACAGCACGAUCAAGAUCUGGGACGCCCGCAUGAAGCGUGAAGUUCACACGAUUGAAGAGCGCUUUCAAGUCACAGCAGUGUGCUUCGGCGACAAUUCGUACACAGUGUUCUCCGGCGGCGUCGACGGGCUCGUGAAGCAAUGGGACUUACGCAAGCCUACCGAGAACGGUGCCGCGGCUCCCGUCGAGAUUCUCGCUGGCCAUAGUGAGAUCGUCACGAGCUUGCAACUCAGUCCUGACGGGAACUUUGUCUUGUCCAAUGCGAUGGACAGCACAUUGCGCAAGUGGGACGUCCGGCCAUUUUGCGAAGGCGACCGGUGCCGCAUGGUGUACUACGGUGCGAAACACAGCAACGACCGCAACUUGAUCCGUGCGAAUUGGAGUCCAGACAUGAAGCACAUUGGGAGCGGCAGUGCCGACCGGUAUGUGUACAUUUGGGACGCCGACACCGGUGCCCUCCGGUACCAUCUCCCGGGGCAUGCGGGAAGUGUGAACGAAGUUUCGUUCCAUCCAAACCCGGCCGAGCCGAUCGUAGGGUCGUGCGGCAGCGACAAGAACAUUUACUUUGGAGAACUGCUUGAAUAAUCGCAUGGAACGAGUUGAAGAUUGCACAUGUGUCCUUGGAUUCUACGCUGCCACGUCGUACGUGGAGAUGUUCAAGUGAGGACAUUGCAAUAGGUGCAACGGGGACAGCGCGACGACGCGGUGAAGAGCGCCGGCGCCGCAGUAGAUGGCAUCGUCAUGCACCAGGGACGCAUCC